AUGGCGCCAGACCCUGAUUGUGUGCAGACUUUUCAUGGCCAUACAGAAGGCGUGAGAUCUGUUGCCAUUUCACCAGAUGGAAGCUAUGUGGCAUCUGGCUCCGAUGAUACGACGGUCAGAAUUUGGGAAACAAAAACCGGGAAAUGUCUCAAGAUCCUGAGAGGCCAUGGUUAUAGGGUCAAUUCGGUUGCUUUCUCGUCAAAACUAGGCUGCAAUCAGGUGGCUUCAGGGUCGGAUGAUGAAACUGUCAGGAUCUGGGAUGUAGAAACCGGUUCUUGUAUCCAAAAUAUUGAUUGCUCUAGCGAAGUCUACUGGGUUGCAUUUUCACCUGGAGCCACAUGUGUAGCUUCAGGGUUAAAUGAUUCAUCGAUCAAGCUCUGGGAUCCGCACAGCGGCAUCUUUCAAAAGUCAUUCAAAGGACAUACUGGAGAAGUCUACUGUGUCUCAUUCUCAGAAGAUGGAUCUUGCAUCGCUUCGGGCUCCUACGAUAAUACCAUUAGGAUCUGGGAUGCCAAAGAAGGCAGCUGUAAAAAGACACUUCAGGGUCAUACCGAGCGUGUCUACUCAGUUUCAUUCUAUCCGCAAGAUACAAAAGGUAUCGUAUCAUGCUCAAUGGAUAAAACAAUCAAAUUCUGGGAUAUAGACGAAGAGCUAUGUGUCAAAACGCUUUAUGGACAUGAGAAGUGGGUCUUUUCGGCAUUCUUCACUCCUCACCUCGACGGGUCCUUGCUGGUAACAGCUUCAGCCGACAAAACAGUCAAACUAUGGCGCGCUGAGGAUCAUGAAGAUAUGAAGUGUGUCAAAACUUUCAAAGGUCAUCGAAAUUGGGUAAGAGCAAUUUCCUCAUCGGCCGAUGGACAGUAUCUGAUAUCAGGAUCAGAUGACGGGACUAUCAAGUCCUGGCGUACCGAGGAAGCUGGGAAGACUGGGCGCUGUGUGAGGACGAUCAAAGACUCCAAAAAAAUCAACUCAGUUUGUUUCUCAACAAAUGGCACUCUUCUAGCAUCAGGAUCGUCUGACAGAACUGUCAAGAUUUGGGAUCCCAUAAAGGGUUCUUGUCUACAUACUUUUAAAGGGCACACAGAUGAAGUGAACAGCGUCUCUUUCUUGCUUUUGAGUUUGAAGGAAUACGUGGUAUCAGCUUCGUCUGAUAAAACGAUCAGAAUCUGGGAUGUGGCAAGUAAAGACUGUAUGAGAACCAUUGAGAACUCAGAAGAUGUGGAAACAGUCGCUGUUUCACGCGAUGGUUCCUAUUUAGCCUCAGGAUCGAGUGAUCGCAGAAUUAGUAUUUGGAAUCCAAUGGACGGAGCUUGUCUUGCAACAUGGAAAGGUCAUUCUACGAUUGUCAGGCAGGUGGCUAUUUCGCCCAAUGGCCUCUAUGUGGCAUCGGUAUCCGACGAUGGGAUUAUGAGGUUAUGGGAAUUAAGCGAUGGAGGUCGGAUUCACACGUUGAAAUUCUCCAAGGAAGAUAAGUCCGUCUUCGUAAUCUCGGUGUCUUUCUCACACGAUAGUAAACGUCUGGUGUCGGGGCAUUGGGGUCCUAAAAUGAUCGCAGGCGCAAUCUGGGAUGUGGAAACUGGCAACCGACUUUUGGACAUUGAUGACGCUGGUUCUAGUGAAAAUGGGUCUUUUUUUACAUCGAUUCGCUUCUUAUCUGAUGCCCAAGACUCCUAUGUGGCAUUUUCCACGAGAGAUUCCAGAAUAGUGAUCUGGGACGUGGAUAAAAAACGUCAGAUAAUGACAUUACUAGGUCAUAAGGGCGAAGUCAGAUCCAUUUCGGUUUCACCAGAUGAAAGUCUUUUGGCAUCAGGGGCUUCAGACUCAAUAAUCAAGAUUUGGGACACAAAAAAUGAGUAA